UGUGUCUGACAGGUACAGGUCAGGUGUAGUUUCACUUUGCUUGUCGUCGCCCCGGAGGACAAACCAGCUCCGUCGCUGUUGGACCCGUCGAUGGCAGCAGCAACAUGUCGCCGCUGUCUCCACGACACGAGGCGCUUUAAAGACCACGACGACGACGACGACGAUGAUGAUGAUGAUGUUUGUCCACGGGGUCGAUCCCCCAGCAGCUGUGACGUGGCUCAUUUAUUGCUCGUCUGCAGGAAGUACGAGCUAAUGUCACGUGACUCCCAGGCUGAACCACAGAGCCAAAAGGGGCAUAGUGACAAAUGGCUGAAGAUGAUCUGUCUGCUACUUUUCCUCCUGGCGGUCACUUUUCUCAUGGCAGCAGUGGGCAAGGAGGAGGAGAACGAUGCACAAGACUAUGACGCCGACAUCUUUCUUCCAUCCAAAGCGCUGUGGUUGCUGGGCUCGCUGCUGUUCUGGACCGUUUGGUUGCUCCUCCGUCUCCUCCAGAUGUUCCUCUGGUCGAUCAAAGGGCUGCUGUGGUUCGUCUCCGUGUCCAUGUCCCCGCUGUGUCGCUGUGUGUCCUUCCUUCUGUCCCAUGUCCUGCUGCUGCUUCCUUACUUAUGUGACGCUGUCUAUUUUGCUACCGCCUGCCCUCUGUAUGUUUGUGGCAUGUGUAUCAUUGUCGUAUUGGCACUGUUCAACUUCACCAGCGUCAAGUCAAACAUACAAAGGUUUUGCAUGUAGAAACAUGCAGGCACUGUCGUCACAGGCUUUAAUCAAUAGGCUUUUAUAUAAACCUGCUGCUCUGCACCUGCACUUUUUAAAGAUGCCCUGUAGAAAUAAUCCCAAAAAAGAAACACUUACUUAUAAAGUUGAAUUGAUUUGAUUCCCGCAGGUCUUUGUGACAUGUACAUAAAACCUACAGUGUAAUCUAGACAAGAAACGUGGUUCAGCUUUUAAACGGCAUUAUUGUUUUGUGGAUUUCGUGGUUUCUUUUGGCUUUUUUUGAUGUUUAAAAUUCAUCAUCAGGUUGAUUUUUAAAAAAGGCAAUAAAAUAAUGAAUUAUAAAUGGAAUAUAUGAAUGAAAUACCGAGCAAUCAAUUAAGUUUAAAACAAAUUUAAAAAGGGAAAUUUUAACCCCAUGGCACUAGAGACAAAGUGAGAGGAUCCCCAAAACCCUUACCCUAGAUUCAUCCUUUCCCCUGGCAGUUAGUUAGACCCCUUCUUUAAAAACUCAAUUUAUAGAUACAAGAUUUUCACGAGGCAACUGUAUAACAUUAACACAGAAUAUCAUUAUCUUGAAUUUGUUAUUCAUGAAAGAUUGUUUGCAAAUCACUUUUUAAUCAUGUCUCCAUCACCUUUGUCUCAGAUCACAAUGAUUGUCCAUUGUUUAAAGGAAAAAAUUAUGAAACUGUAAAAAUUUCACAACAGAUACACACUGAGCUUAUGCUUCUUCCUUAGCUCAUGAGCAGCAAAGAAGAAAAAAAAGAACAAUAUUCCAGGGUGAUCAAAUCUUUAUUUUUCACACACAGGAGUAAGCCAACAUAAAUGUUUUAAAUAUUAUAAUCAUAUCUUUUAUAGUUUAUUCCAUUAAGAUCGUACUUUUUUUCAUCAUUGUCAUGGAUUAUGUUAUAGGUUUAAAGAUUAAGGUUCAUUUAUCACUCAAUUAACAGCAAGACUGUGAAAAAUAGUCAAUAAAAAAAGGAAAAACAAAGACUCCCUUUUGUUUCGUCCUGUAGUGUGUAUCAGAGUACCUCUUCUUUUUUCUUUCUUUUUCAUUCCUCCCAGCUGUGUCACUCUCAUUUCUUAUAUUCUGGUCCUUUACACUUUCCUGUAGCAGGCCUCGUGUGUGAAAGACACAUAAAAUAUCUGCAAUAACAUAAAAUCUCAGGAUUUAAGAAAUAAAAAUUAAAAA